AUGGUUCGCAGGCGCGCUUCACCUUCUUAUGACCAACAACAAGAGGACUACAACCCCGACGAGCCUAAGGAAGACGACUCUGAGGCCCGCUCAGUCUUCGUCUCUCAGCUAGCUGCAAGACUCACAGCUCGUGACCUAGGCUACUUCUUCGAGGACAAACUUGGAGAAGGGACCGUCUUGGACUCCCGGAUUGUGACCGACCGUAUCUCCCGAAGGUCUAAGGGUAUCGGAUAUGUUGAGUUCCGCUCCAUUGACUUGGUUGAAAAGGCGCUUGGUCUCAGUGGGACUGUCGUGAUGGGACUGCCCAUCAUGGUUCAAUUAACUGAAUCGGAAAGAAACAGACUUCACCCAGGUGACGGCAAUCUCAACCUUCCUCCAGGAGUGCAUGCGCCGCAUGGUGCUAUGCAGCUUUAUGUGGGAUCACUGCACUUCAAUCUCACGGAAGCCGAUAUCAAACAGGUCUUUGAACCUUUUGGCGAUCUUGAAUUUGUUGAUUUGCAUAGGGACUCCACAACCGGGCGAAGCAAAGGUUACGCUUUUGUACAGUAUAAGAGACCUGAGGACGCAAAGAUGGCUCUGGAGCAAAUGGAUGGGUUUGAACUGGCUGGUCGUACGCUCCGAGUCAAUACCGUCCAUGAAAAGGGAACUGCCCGUUAUACCCAACAGGACUCCCUAGAGGAAACAGGCGGCGGUAAUUUGAAUGCCGCCUCUCGUCAAGCGCUGAUGCAGAAACUUGCUAGGAUUGAAACCCCAACUCCAGCUGAACCAGUAUCUCGGCCCAGUAUCCCGCAAGCGAUGCAAUCGCGCUCUGUACUGAUGAAGAAUAUGUUCGAUCCCGAAGAGGAAACUGAGCGUGAUUGGGAUAAAGAACUCGCCGAGGACGUCAAAGGUGAAUGCCAAGAAAAGUACGGCAAGGUCGAAGCUAUCAAAGUUGAAAAAGAGACACAGGGUGAAAUCUACGUGAAGUUUGCCACUAUCGACUCCGCCAAGGAAGCUGUUCAAGCACUCAACGGGCGCUGGUUUGGUGGACGACAGAUCUCCGCGGUCUUCAUCUCGGAUGCCAUCAUGCAGGCCCACCAGUAG